ACACGGAAGUGGUCAUAACCUAAACAGGAAGUGGCAAUUCGCUAUCGCGCACAGUCUAUGAGUAAUCUGGAGAAGAUGAUGGAUUUUUUAUUUUGAAAAUAAAAAUAUUUGUUGGUCCAAGUGCCAUACAAUGAAAAAACUAUUUGGUUCUAACCAACAAAACCCUUUCAUAGGGAAAACAUUUCAAAUAGGCCGUUAUUCAGUCAUUGUUGAUGAUGUUAUAGCGGAAGGUGAGCCCAGCAGUAUUUGGUUUGCAAGCACCAAAAAUAUCCCUGGGGGCGGGGAGGGGGCGGUUCCCUUGCGAGAAUUCUAUGAUGAAUAAAAGUGGUCUAUGCCAUUCUUCGUAUGUAAGAUUAGUCUUUUCUGCUGACUAUUUUAAAAAGCUUACUAUCUCACGAGGGAAGGCAGGAAGGUCACAUAAGUCUUGAGACCUAAAAUAAAUUUAAGUCACUUAUACUAUAAGUAAGCAAUUAGUUUGGGGUAUACCUUAUUGAAAGUUAGUGUUUGGUAUCUCUCCUGGAGCAUGCGACAUUCAAUGAUCAGUCUUUAACUCAAGGUAUCAUAAUUUCAUUUUCAAAAUGGUGACCUCCACUUUAUAAUUUACAUAGGGUAUCGUUAUGCCUUUUAUUAUAGUCGAUAAAUUAUAGGUAAGGGCUACUAAUAUAAAUAAUAAAUCUGCCCAUUACUUAAACUUAAAGCUGACAUCUUGCUUGUUUUGCCUAGAAUUAUCUGACCCUAAGCCUAAGCGCAGUGACAUCAUUUCGGGGAUCCCCAAAACUGGAUUUAGGGUAGCAGGACCAACAGUUUUACUGGAAAGAUGUGUUUGAUUACUUUCCCGUUCAUCCCUGAGCUUUAUUCGCAUUAUAAAGUAUAACUGAUAACCACCCCACCUUCAAUAAAAAAAUAAUUUCUGGCCUCCCGCACUCUUAAGACAAAAAAUGAGAAAGUAAAUUUUUAUCAAAUAAAUACAGAGCUAAAAUUCGACAUUGUUUGAAAAAUGAAACUAUGGCCAGAAGUUGACCCAGGGAACCGCCAUGACCUAUAAACUGGAAGACAUUACCAGCCCUGCCGCUAACAGUAUUUUAGCCUGCUUGUUUGAUUGAGAAUCAAUUUGAAUUUUUUUUUUUUUUAGGGGGUUAGCUUAGAAAUUUUAAGUUAGAAAUAGGUCAACUUUUCAAUAACUUAAAUUUUUUUUAUUAAUCACUGUAAAAAAACAAAAUUCUUAAAUUUAUUGUGUCAUUUAUGACAUACUGUAUUCAAAAUUCAUGUGUGUAGACUGAAGGCAGCGGUCGAAAACAAAAAAAAUCAAAGAGGUCACUGUUUUAGGUUAUGUAAUCUGUCAUUGUAACCAUAUUUGUCAAGACGUUACCUAUUAUCAAUAGUGGCCAUUGGAUAAUUAAUAAUUAAUGUAAUUGGUUACCCAGAAUAUAAAUGCAAAAUGUGACAAAUAAUAAGUCAUUUAAAAAAAAAACAGUUAUAUAGCACAAAUAAUUAUUCUUGGCUAUCAAAUUACAAAUUUUGGGGUUGGUUGCGAUGGACAUGGGAUUGAUAACCACUUGUGACUUGUCUUUGACUUACUUCUUAGAUAGACCUAUUAAAAGUAUUAUAAUAUAUUAUAAAAUAGUAAAGUAGGUGACAUAUAUAAGAAUAUUAAGCUAGUAUUGAUCGUUUUAUGUAAAUAAAAAAAAAAACUUACCUUUGAAAUUGAAAUAAUUAAGCAAAUAUAAAAUUAAAGUCACCACAAUUAAAUAUUUCACAAUUAGACUUCUACUAGUAAUAAUAAGUCUAACACAUUCAUUUCCAUAGGUGUUCUCAAAGAAAAUAACUAACACAACACAUUAAAAAAAAAAUUACACAACAUAUUUUAAAAUGUUCCACAAGUGAAUUAUAAUUACUAGCACACCUUUCAAAUGAAUAUCAACAGCUUAAAACUUAUGACUUCAAAAUUUAGAUCCCUCACUUUAGCUUACUUAUUAAGUCUAAGUAAAACUAAGUUAAUGUUAAUGGCUCAUAUGACUGCAAUAAUUGUUGUUAAUAUGUAAAAUGAUAAAAUAAAAAGUUCAUUCAUCAAUUUUAAAUGAAAUUAAUCCCUAUUUUAUUUGUUAGACAGCUCCGCAGAAAAGUUCAAAUUGAUAUCUAAAGAAUAUUAUUAUUAUUAAUUAAAUUUAAACAAGUGUAGAGUCAGCACAUUUGAUACAUUUUUUUUUUAAUAAGGAAAAUUAUAGACAUUAAAAAAUUUGGGGGAAUAUUAACAAUAGCUCUAUUUAUAUUUUUUUAUUUUAUUUAGUAAAAGUCAGAUCUAACUAUAUUUUUUGUAAAUAUAUUUUUAACUCAUUUUAUAAUAAAGUUAUAGGUGGAAAAUCAAAAGCAAAAUAUGGGUCACGAAGUGUGGAGGAAAACUCCAUUGCAAAAAUUGGUUUUAAAAAUUCAUAACCUUAGAACCACUUGACUUAGAACGUUGACCUCUUGUGUUUUUGUAAAUCAUUCUCUAGGCUCUAUUCAGCUGUAUGGUUUGAAAUUUUCACCAAAAUGCAUAACAGUCAGCAAGAAUCAUUUAGUUAAUUGCAGUGACCUAUUGCUAAGGCCUAGUUGUUUUUAUUAACAGGCUUUACAAGGGGACACUUCUUGUGAAAUUGUGUUACUUAUUAAAUGAAAUUGUCACACAUGAUAUACGUAAUUUUCUGGGGGGUUAACUACAUAGUCAAUUGUUAUUUUUACUGUAGUGUCAUAGUAUAGGCCUACCAGCAGUUUCUUAAAAUCCAUAGUCUAAAUGCUUUUUUUUUGUGGGUAUUUAAUUAAUUUAUGAGUUAUUAUGUAGUAAUUUCAAUGUUAAAAAAAAAAUAAGCACUCUUAAAUAAGUUUGUUUUAUUUUUUUUUUAAAUGUCUAAAAUUAUGAUUAUGAAAUUACAUGUGUAUUACUAUUAGUGUGUUUACUUUGAAUGGGUGAGGAUGAUAUGAUGAUUUCAGAGUUUUAAGACAUAAAUAUGUGAUUGUAACAAUAGCAAGGAUUAUGAACGUAUGAGUUCAGUUUUUUACUUAGUCAAAUUUAUUCUUUGUUUUAUGAAAUCAGUUACUAUUAAUUUGGAUAAUUUUAAUCAGACUUUCUGAAAUUUUGAGUUUGUAUUUUAAAAAAAAAAAGCCUAUUGUUAGUUUUAAUGAAGUGAAACCGCAUUAACCCAAGAGGUGUAGAAUUUGAAUUGUUUGACUAUGUUAUUUUUUAAAUCUAGGUGGCUUUGCUGUAGUCUUUCUGGUAAAACUUCCAAAUGGCAGCCGCCUUGCUCUCAAAAGAAUGUAUGUCAAUAAUGAUCGUGAUCUGGCAGUUUGUCAAAAAGAAAUAAAAAUUAUGGUAAGUUGUACUUUACUGAGUGUUCAGAAGGUGUUUAUUUAUCAUUUAAAUUUUUUACAUAAUUUUGUUUGGUUAUUGACACAGUGUCAUAGUAAAAAAAAUAUAUUACUGUCUGGUUACUUAAAUAUUAUACUACUUUUAAAAAUAUUUUUUCCCAAAUUCUAAAUCUAAAUUUUGUACCAGAAAGUUAAGCUAUUUAUUGUUCAUGCACUUACAGAAAGAUCUGAGUGGCCACAAAAAUACAAUUCGUUACAUCGAGUCAAGUAUUACAGUUACACAGAAUCGUGUUUAUGAAGUACUUAUUCUUAUGCAAUAUUGUAGAGGUAACAUUUAUUUUGGUGUUUUUAUUUAUUUUUUGAAUGUUUUGAUGUAAACCAUAGUAAUUAUUGCUAAUAGAUUAAUGAUAAUGUUAGUAAUAAAUGUAUUUUAAAAUAAUAUAUAUUAGACAAGAAUUCUAUUUCUACAAAAUAACUAAAAUUUGAAUCUCAAAAAUUAAGUGCAGUAUUAUACAUUAUUAUAAUGCCUACUGUAUGUGUUGUUAAUUGUUCUAGGUUCUGUAAUUCAAGUGAUGAAUGAAAGAAUAGACUCUGGUUUCUCUGAGAAGGAAAUCCUAAAAAUAUUCUGUGAUGUAUGUGAAGCUGUGUCCCGAUUGCAUCAUUGUCAGACUCCAAUUAUUCACAGGGAUUUAAAGGUUCUUUUUUUUUUCUUUAUUUUUUUUUAAAGUUCAAAAUAAAAUAAUAAAAUACUUUUUAAAAAAAAUGUUUGAAGUUAUAAAUUAUUUCUAAAAUCAGUAGGUUCCAAAUUGUGUGAUAUGUAAGGAUAUAGUAUUGAUUAAUAGAAGCAUCUUUGAUCUAACCAAAGACCUUAAGGGAUCUGGAAAAAAUACUUACUUGUUUUGUAUAUGUAUACCAGUCUAUCUAUAUUCAUGUUAUUUUAUUUUGUAGGUGGAAAACAUUCUCUUAGGUGAAGCAGGGAAUUAUGUCUUGUGUGACUUUGGAAGUGCAACAGGAAGGGUGAUGGAUCCAUCACAACAAAAAGUCACAGCAAUUGAAGAAGAAAUUCAAAAGUAAAUAUAUAUAUAUAUAUAUUUAUAUUUUUUAUUAGCAAUUCUAUUAGCUAUAUUUACAAUUCUAGAAAAAAAUAUGUGUAAAGGUAAUAAUAAUAUGAAUUUGAAGAUUCUAAUAUAAUCUGAUUAGUCAAAAUAAUAUUUUUAUUGAUAAUUAUUUGUUCCAUUUGCUCUGUUUGCAAAAAUUAUUUCUUAUUUCUGUACUCUUUAGAUAUACCACAUUGUCUUAUAGAGCUCCAGAAAUGAUAGAUUUAUAUGGUGGUACACCCAUCAGUACAAAAGCUGAUAUAUGGGUAAUUAUUUACUAUAAAAGAAUUAUCUUAAAAUUUCUGAUUUAAUAUAUUUAAUAAUUCUCACUUAUAAGAACAGUCUAUUACAUAUAUUAUAGAUUAAUAGAUGGCUGGGCUAUUAACCACUAAUUUUCUCUUUAAAAUUUGCUUAUAUUUUACUGAAUAAGUAUCCCUCAAGAAUUGUAACUUACAAAUGAUACAUAAUGAAUUCAAAAUUGUGUUAUAAAUUAUGUUAGUUAGCAUGUGUGAUGAUGAUAUUGCAUGUUGGUCCAUAAAAUAAAAAGAUAAAAGUAAAUAAAAUUACUAUCAUCAAGUUGCUUAUGUUUAAUUUCUCCUAUCCUGCAUGAUUAUUAUUUUUUUUAAAUUUACAGGCAUUAGGUUGCCUACUUUACAAAUUGUGCUUCUUUACCCUUCCUUUUGGAGAGAGCUCCCUUGCAAUACAAAGUGUCAACUACACCAUACCAGAUAACUGCAGAUAUUCAAAUUCUCUCAUGUCCCUUAUAGGUAAAUUGCAUAUUUAGCCUUUUACUAAUGUGCAUUUACAUCAUGGUCAUGUUUACAUUGCUUUAUAGUUUUUUCAAUUUUGUAAAAUAGUGUUAUUAAAUUUUGUUAAAAAGAAAUGCUAGGAAUCAUUAAAUGCCAGGAAAUGUUUAUUGAAGUUAUAUCAUUCCCACCUUUUCAGCAUAUAUGUUAGAGAAAGAUCCACACAAGCGACCUGAUAUUUUUCAAGUAUCCCAUGUGGCCUUCCAUCUGGCUGGAAGAACUAAUCCUGUGCCAAAUAUGAAUGUAAGAUAUUCUUUAUUGUUAAAAAUAUAUUGUUUAUAUUGAUUUUUUCUUCAUAAAGUCAACAUUUGCUGUCUUGCAAAUGUAAUAAUAACUCAAUAAGUCUUUCAUAUGUUACAAUGCUACACACAGGAGACUUCCUAUAUGUUGGAAUUUAUAUAUGUUUCUAAAUUUACUAUCUCAUUAUUAUUGGUAAAUCUCACUCAACUAUGAUUUUAAGAGAUUCUGAAUCAUCCCCAUAAGCCCUGUUUUAAAGGAUUUAGGUUUAUAAAGUGUUAUUUAAAAGUCAUUGAGGAAUUUUUACAAUUAUAAGAGCUUUUUGUGAAAAGUUUGAACUAAUUUAGUUAUGAGAGAUUAUUCUUUCCCAUUUUUGUCUUUACUUAAUGAUCUGACCUUAAAUAUUUUUUUUCUACCUACUAGUCCUCACCUGUGCCUGAUCUCAGAAGUUUACCGAUGCCACUAACAGAAACAGAGGCAAAGCAAAUUAAAUCUUCUGCACAGAAGUAAGCCUGUAUUCUAAAAGUAACAUAUCAAAUCACUGUUCAGCCACAUUUGUGGACAGCAAGUAUGAGAUGUUAUUUCCUUAGCAUUUAAUAGCUGAAUACAAUUAUCGGUGUGUUUUUAAAUAUCUAUAUUUUAGUUUAUGAUGCUUUACAUAGCUAAUGAUUAAUAAGUAUUUUUAAAUUUAAAAAAAUGAUUAAAAUAUUUGAUGUAUUUUAUUAUCCUUAAAAGAGGUAAUACUCAGAGUUAAAAAAAAAAUUGUAAUGGAAACACUAAUAAAUUAAUUAAUCAGCAACAGAUAAGUGAUAUAUUAUUUCUAUGUAUUCUAUAUCUUUUUAAAAUUUGUAUGUAUAAUUUAGAAUUUAUUUAUAUAUUUUUAUUUUCUGUGUAUUCUCUAUCUUUUCUUAAUUUCUUUGUAUUCUAUAUCUUUUUAUAAAUUCUUUGUAUUCUAUAUCUUUUUAUAAGGUAUUCUUUAUCUUUUUAUAAUUUUUAUGUAUUCUUUAUCUUUUUUAUAAUUUCAAAAAAGUUUUUACAAAUUAUUCACAGAAACCUCACAGCUCCUACAGUAGAGAGCACAACAGUAGCUCCCAGACAGAGACCUCGUGGUCAAGCAGCUCCUGCUGCUACAACUCUUGGACUUCCCAUUCAGACCUCCAUAGCUCCUCGACGUCGACCAACUGCCAGUAAUCCAAAUACUCCCAUAGGUAGGUCUUAUCAUAAGUAACUCACUUGUGAUUGAAUUACAAAGUGAGAGGUUCUUCCUUGCAUUCUUGACUUUAUUUUAAAUGAAUUCCAAGCAAAAGCUAUUCGCUGACAUUUUGUUUUUGUUCUUGUCAACUAUUAAAAACAUUUCAAAAAUGGAUUACAUUUUAUCUUAAUUUCAGUUGAAGUUCAUAUUCAUCAAAUCUAUCAGUAAUUUACAUUUCCUGUUCAUUAGAUGUUGGUCCCCCGCCCGCUCCUUCACCACAGUACGCCGGUCCAAUGACUGUGCCUGUGUCCCCCAUGUAUGGACUGGGUCCACAACAAGCUUCACCAAUGACGAAUUAUCCCCAAGGAAAUGUCACAGCCCCCUCUCAGUCUUUCUAUGGCCAGCCACCACAGUUUAUAACGACACAGGUUGGUCCAGUUGCUAAUACAGCUGAAGGGUCUGUUGCAAUGUUUAAGUUUCUGUCAAUUCACACCAUGUAAACUAAUUGUGCAUCACUUUAAAACGUUAUUAAUUUUUCUAUAGAUCAGUUAUGCAUUAUUCAGGCACUAUUGUUUGAAUUUAAUAUAUUUUAUUCUGCCUGAUUCUCCUACUAAAAAAUAAAAAACAGAUUAUAGAAAACACUAAUUAUAAAAUAUAGUGGGUUUUUUUUUUCAUAUUCACUUUUAUUGCAUAUUUAAAGUAAGAAAUUUAAUGUGUAACCUUGAUCAUUUGAAGAUCCAGCACUUAACCUGGCUUUCAUAGUACUGGGGAAAAAAUAUUCAUUUUACUUUCUACGAAUAUUUUAUAUUUUCAAUGUAGCAACAAAUGGGGAUGUACCAAAUGUAUCCUAAUUCAAUACCACAACCCCAGUUUCAACAGCAAGUUCCUCUGACACAGAGCAAUAGUUUUAAUCAUGCACUGAAUGAUAGGGGAGGGUCUGGAGAGAGACUUGUUACCAGUGCUUCAAGUAAUGAGGUCAGUAUAAUAAAAUACAGUUAAGCUUAAAGAAUGGCUGUUAAAACUUAAAAAUGUAAAAAAUGUUACAGCAUUUUGUGUGUGUGUGUACAUUUAGAAUAUUUAACUAUUGAUUGCUCAAACCUCCAUUGAAAAAUCAAUGAUAAGUUGAUUUUUAAAUAUAAAAAUGUAGAAAAAAAUGAUAAUGGGCUGUGAGGUACUAAUCAUCAUCAGUGGCGCUACAGCCCAUGUAGGGCCCUGGCCUGUUCCACCACAGCUUUCCAUUCGGAUCGAUCCAUAGCUUUCCACCUCCAUGCGCAAACCCCCAACUGGUGUCAUAUUUUUAUUCAGGCAUAGGUCGAAAUCCAAAAUUAUCAGUCAAUUUUCCCGUGUGAGGUUUAGCUUUUGUAACACUUGGGUUUUUUUUUAAUUGACAGGGUCAUCAGCCCUGCGCACAACCAUCUAAGGGGGAGGGGGGUGGAAAUGCCCCUUGCAGCCCUGAGGGUAUCUGCCUUUGUAUUGGGUUGGGUUCUUAGCCUAUGCGGAUCCCUCCACUUCUUACAAGUCAGUAGGUUCCGAUUUAGGUCCGCCCCGGGUAUUUUAUUUCCCCGGUUCCCGCCAUAUCAUGUGGAGUUUCCCCUAUCCACCACCUGGGGAGGCGUUCGAUGGAAGAUCAAUAUCUCCUCACGAGCUGUGAGGUUUUACAUCUCAAAAUAAAAAUGCUGUACCAGUAAUGCUCUACUUUAAAAUCUUUGCCUUAUUCUGUCAACAUUUGAACAUUAAUUACUUGAUGGAACAAAUUUUCAUUCUUACACACCUUGUUAUAAUAGAUCAGCAAACUUUACAUAAAUACGAAUUACUACACAAUAUAUUAUAAUGGCUUGUCCAUAAAUCAAAAUUUGUAUUAUGAUAAUGAGAAAGAAAAAUGUAUAAAUCCAGAUGAUUAACAUUGUUGAAAUAAAUAGACCAACAGACAUUUUGAUCAGUUCCUCUAAAAAUAGCUACUAAAUUAAUUAGAAAACAACACUUUAUUUUAUAUACCCAUUAGCACAUCUUCAGGUGGCAAGAGGGAAAAUUGCUUGAAAAAUGUCCUGCUUUGAUCAUUUUUUUGUUUUAAGGAAAAAAAAUUGGGGUGAGGUUUCGAGGGCUCAUAUAUGUUAAUACUAAGUAAAAUUUGGGGCUCAUUAAAAAGUGAACACAACACAAUGGCAGUGCAAAAACUAUGAUUAAAAGAAGGAAUGAAAUAUUACUUUAUUUCCUCUGUUAGUUACCAAAAGAACAUUCCUAUAAUUAUCUUGAUAUCUGUUUGUUCACCAGGUAAAGACUGCCCAGUUAAUAAGCUUAGAUGACGAUGUCAUAGAAGAUACAUCCAAGUCAGAUCCAAACCUCACACAGAGUGACAAUACUUUUAAAAGGCCUCAAGCACCACAUGGUCGAAUUACAUGCACUGAACCAAACUCUGUAUGUGUAUUAUUUCACAUUGUGUCAUAUAUUUAUCUAAUUUUAAAGCAGAAAUAGCCAAACUAUAACAUUUUAGUUUAGUGGUAGAUAAUAAAAAUUAAGGAUUUCCAUUUUUGACAAUUCACUUUUUUUUCUCCCCAGUCUUCAUCACUACUACUUAACCCACCCAAUGAUGUUAGAGUCAAUAGACACAGACGAAAUGUUAGUGACACAUCUUUUCUCACUAUGGGUGGGAAAGGAAGUGCUUUCAGGUAAUUUGAGGAUUUUAAUUUGUUUUAAAAUUUGAGCACACAGGUUUUAACGCAUUCAAAACACGUUUUUGGGAUGCCUUUUUAUUGUAAUUAAAGACACUCUAAAAAUCAUCUUACAAAAGAAUACCUGAAAUGGAAUAACUGCUAAUAAGUUGACAUUGAUAUAAAAUUUUCUUAGUAAAUGUUCUUAUAAGUAGUUGAAAAAUCUCAUUCAGCUGUACAAUUUUGUAUGUGUCAGCUGAUAAGAUAAGAUAAGAUUCUUUUAUUGAUCCAAAUAAAUGGAAAUGUUAGUUUUUAUUUUCUUAUAUGUAUGUGUCUUUCAGUAUAGCUGCAUCUUAAUUUGAGGGCUUUUCUUAACAUUAAAGAUUUGACUUUGAAUAUCAACAGUACUUUUUUUUUUUUAACCAGGGCUUACCAUGGAAAUCAACUGUCUGCAACAAAUGAGUCAAAAUCAAAGUCUGCAACCAAUACGCCAAUCAAUUCACCACCACCAUUGUAAGAGUUUAAUGAUUUUAAUAGAAUAAAUAGAAAUUGUUCUCAUCAUAGUGAAGGAAAGUAUAACUAGUUUAAAGUUAUUGUUUAUGCACUUAAAAUUGUCUUAAACACCACAUGCUAUCAUCUUGAAUAAUUAAAUUUUAAGUCGCAAAAAUAGCAGCAUUAAGCAACUAAAUUACUCCUUUGUGCUCUUAGGAUGUUUUUUAGUCUAUUCUAGUCACUUAAUUAUGUCUCAACUCAUUUUGUACAAUGUGGAUGAAAUUUCAGAGGCUCCCAAAGGUUUACAAGACCCCUUUCGGCUGACCUUUUGGAAUGGAACCCAUUUGGGGAUGACAAUUUUGGUACUGAGACUGAUGACAUGAUGUUUGGAGAGGAAUUUGAUAAAAUUAGGAGAGGCUCCAACACCAGUAAGUAGUCCACUGAGGGGCAGUGAAUUUCAAUUGCAUUUAUUUUCAUUUUAACAAAGACUCUUAAAAGCUUUUAUCACACGUCCACAGCUCUAAUUUUUUUGUUUAUUUAAAGAUCUAAUCUACUCACAACAAAUAGUUGCACAACUAUCAGUAAUGCUGGGGACAUAGUGGCCUUAAAAAUUUGACUUUCUCAUACUGUUAAGAUGUCAAACUUAGUUAUUUAGUAUAAAGGUUUGAGUAACAGCUUCAAAAUAAUAAAGCAACAGAACUAAUUAUGCAGGAUUUAAAAAAGAAUUCUUUUCUAUAAUUUAACACAGCUAUUAGCAUCACUUUUUAAUUCUAAGUAUAGUAAUUUUGCGGAAAAGACAUUUCUCUGUUCUUGUUUUCCUUUUAAAUCCCAGCCCAAAAAAAUCUGAAGAAAUAAUUGUGAACACCUUUUCAGAACACAUACCCCCUAGCUAUCCUGACAGUAUUAUAACCAUACUCAGUGAAGUUAAUUUGUGUUUUGCUUGUCUCCUUUCCCCCUAUCUCUCUUAUCUCAGGCAUUUCCAAUGUUAAAAGUCGCGAAGAUCUUGUGAUGUCCGGCUCUGACUCAUCAGAUCCUUUUUGUAAUGCACCAUUCAAAAAAGCUGGUAGGUCACCAACAGUUCCUAGUUUUCAAAGCUUUUCCCCUAAAUGUCUUGAGCUUUGGGAUUGCAUUCUCAUUCAAUAAGCACUCCCAAUAAACUAUUUUAAAAAAAACACCAUUUUUUUUUUUCCGAAUUAGUUUGUUUUAUUCUUUUUCUUUUUUGUUACUUAGGGAAAAAAUUAUUCUGGCUCCUCUCUUUGGUUUUUAAAUUCAUUUCCCCCUCGUUAUAAAUUCAUUAAAUACAUUUUGUGUAAGUGGUUUUUUUUUAUUACAACUCUUUAAGAAAUAAUUUUUCCAGACUUAACUCUCGUAACAUCUUUCAUUCAAUUCAUCAGCUAAUAAUUUUAUAUUAUUACAUAACUGUUUUAAAUAAUCGAUUGAUAAAAGAAUUCUUUUAACUAAAACAGCCUAACUUAUUCUCUGUUUACUUCUCCUGUUGCAUAGUUUUACCAAAUUUUCAUUAUGCUAGUACCGGUCGUGAUAUUUUAUUUAUUUGAUUGGUCCUUUUUGAGUGUUUACUUGAGAUAUUUUCAUUAAGAACUUGUUAUAUCAGUAAAAAUUAAAAAAUCUUUUAUUAACUCAUGGUUACAUUUUGCAAACCUAGGGAAUUCUGUUAAGCUGGGUUAAAACUGAGCGAGUCACAAAUAAAUCAAAUCAAGUAACCAUUGAACCAUCUAAAGCACAAAUUAAAUUCUCUUAAAGAAAUGCUAGUUUAUAUUAGCAAUAUAAAAAGUGAACCUCAAGUCUGGUAGCUCAUACAUUCAAUGUUUAUUACAUACCUUCAUACAUUUUCAUUUAAAUGUGAAAUAAUUUUAAAAUUCAAAUUACUUUGAAAGGCAUUCUUCAUGCAAUGAAUUAAUUAUUUAUCUUUAAAAAAAAUGUUACGACUCAAAAGAAAUGAUGACUUUAUUACAACAAUUUUUGGAUUUAAAAAUAAAAAAAUAUCCUAAUUCCCAAAAUAUUUGGUCAACCCAAUCUACUGUGAAACUUCAGGCUUUAUCUUUUGAUAUUAAUUUCAAAUUUAUCUGCUGUGCUGUUUGUUUCUUCUCUCAAGCAAUUUGCAUGCAUUUCAUAAGUCAUUCUACUCAACCUUUUUGUUAAUACUAAAUAUUACAAUAUUUUUCUCAAUAUGACAUUCUGAUCUUGCUUCAAGGCAUUUUUAAAAUAUCACUUCUUAUAUUAUAUUUAUGUUUAUUUUAUUUUUUCUUAAAUGUUCUCACAAUCACUCAAUUUUUUAUCUUCAAUGUUCAAUAAGAUGUUAUUAGUAGGAAUAGAUACAUUAUUAGACUAGCAGUAGAGUGCAGCAUCACAGGGGCUUAAGAAAGGGUUACAUAAGUAAAUAAAUUGCAUAAAAUUAUCAUACUGUUUGAUUUGUAAUGGUCAGGUUAAAUAUUCUAAAGUUGUAUGUAUACCCCUGCAUGGAGCAGAACUAAAUAACCAUGUUAUGUUGAUGUUUGAAUGGAAAUGAAAGAAACAAAGUAUGGGAAAACCUGAAAAAAAAGAGUGCAACAAAACAACGAACGUGUCAGCAAGAAGCCUUCAUCAGCUACUGUUGUCUGGCUGCCUUUGACAGUUGUGCAGAUAGAUUUGUGCAUGUUAGUGCUGGCAGAAAUGGUGCCCAUGUUAGCGCAGACCCGUCUGUAAGCUCCCACUCGCAGAAGUAGAUCUCAGAAUAUUCAUUAAUUUUGUUUUAAACAUUCAUUGUACGUUAUGUCGGGGUGUUACUUUACUAAAGUAAUCUUUUUUUUAAACACUAAAUAGACAAUAAAGCGUUGGCGCACGCAAUAACUGGCAGGGAAGAAUGCUUUAUGGUUGCACUUUUUUUUAUAAUAUUAUCAACACUUAGUUUUAAAUCUAAAUUAAGUUUGUAGCCGAAUAUGUAAUUUUGUGGUUAUCUUUAAUUUCUGUUUUUUUUUUUUUUGUUGUUGUUUUUGCUAGGGCAACUUUAAAAUUUAACUUUGUAUACUUCCCUCCCUCCCCCCCCCAAGCUAUUGUAAGAAAUAAUUCUUUUAAAAAUAUUAAUAUGUAAUAAGUAAGCAAAACAAAAUAUGUAAGUUUUAAAUAAGGAUAAUUUUUAAAGCUCUUUUUUCUAAAUAUUAUCAACACUUAGUUUUAAAUCUAAAUUAAGUUUGUAGCCGAAUAUGUAAUUUUGUGGUUAUCUUUAAUUUCUGUUUUUUUUUUUUUUUGUUGUUGUUUUUGCUAGGGCAACUUUAAAAUUUAACUUUGUAUACUUCCCUCCCUCCACCCCCCAAGCUAUUGUAAGAAAUAAUUCUUUUAAAAAUAUUAAUAUGUAAUAAGUAAGCAAAACAAAAUAUGUAAGUUUUAAAUAAGGAUAAUUUUUAAAGCUCUUUUUUCUGAAUUAUAAAAAAUUCAAAGAAGACAACUUUAUUUUAUUGUCUGGAGGGUUCAUAGCAUGAAGGAAAUAAAAGUAAAAGAGGAUCAUUCUUCUAUGGACUGAGUUUUUAAUCAUUUUUUUCUCACUAAAAAAUCAUCUCCAUUUUUUUAAUAAAAUAUACUUUUAACUAGAUCUAUUUCAUAAAUGUUUUUCAAAUUGUUAUUACCAUCUAAUCAUGUCACAUUAGUUCCUGUGUAUGUAUCUUUGCAGUAUUUUCUCAUACCUUGUUGUUUUCUGUGUUGCCCUAUGCUAAUUUGACUGGACAUUUCACUCUAAAGUUGGGCUUAACAUAAGCAUUUGCUCAAUUAGCAUAAAUUGUGCUAAAGGCCUGGUUAGGUAAAUGUGACCACAAGUAGUGUACAUGUGCCAACGUUUCAUUUAUUUCAAUAUUGCUACAAUUUAUUUCCCACUUUAUUUAUUACAUUUAUUUUAUUCACCAUAAAGUCAGAACUGUUUCUUCUUCCCUUAAUUUUUAUUUACCUAUCUAUGCUUUUUAUUAUAAUAAUGUAUUGUAAAGUUAAUAACACUUUACUCCCUAUACGAAAUAUAAAAUAAAACUACAACAAAAAUUAAUAUCUCGUUUAAUGUUUAUCAAAGAACCUACAUAUUAGAACAAAUAACAACUCAAAUGUUACGACAUACUUGAACAUUGAAAUCAUUAGCAAUUAAAAAAAAAAGAAUAUUCAGACAUUGGGAAAAAGAAAUGAUUAUACAGUACAAUUUUGACUCCAAUAAUUACAAUUAGCAUCACAAAUUUGAACUUUUAGCAUACUUCUGAAAAUUUAGUGCAAGAAUUUAAAUAAUAAAAAUGCUUCUUUGUGAAAAAGAUGCUGAUAGAAUUCAUCAUGACUGCAGCUGUUUAAUUUUCCAUUUUGACCUAAAGAUUUUUUUUUUAAAAGUACAUUUUGCCCAUUCUUCCCCCUCCCUGUAUUUAGUGGAGUUAAAACCAUUGCUUUUGCACUUAUUUAAUUUCUCAUUCACUUUUCGUUUCAUCCCAAAAUUUUUCCCUUGUGUUUAAUGAAAGUUACCAUUUUAGCAGUCGGCACUGUUUUAAGAAAGUUAAAAGGAAACUUGUUGGCUCUGACUAACUUGUGGCGCACAUUUAUUUUCCCAGGCCAAAAGUGGUAAUUCUCCGAGUCCUCAAACAUGAAAAGACCAGCAAAAUUGAGAGUAAUGGGUGGCAGUACAUCCCAGAUGGCUUCCUGGCUCACCCUACUGUUCUUCACAGGACUUCUAUCAAUGCUGAUUUUCUUCCUUUCUUUUUUUCUGAUUUGAUUCGCAAGCUCCAGGCUAUUGACUUUGAAAUGAUGCCUCAAGCACUUCGUAGUUUUGAGUCCAUUAAAGAGAAAUACGCCGACAUGCUCAAAACAAUUAAGUCUUGUUGUAAAGGAAAUUAUUCAUAAUUCUUCCUCAAUCUUACAAACCAGAAUGUAUAAUUUACUAAAUUUUUAUUAGUUGUAUUUUGUGAUUAAGAUUAUUUUAGUUCAAAUAAAAAUUUUAAGACAAUGUUGCUUGUCUUUAAGAAGAAAUAUUUUUUUUUUUUUUUUUUUAAUUUUUUCAAUUUUUUUUUUUAACCUUUUUUAAUCAUUUUAAAUAUUUUAUUUAUUAGGUGUAUUUUGUGGUUAAGAUUAUUUUAGUUUAAAUAAAAAUUUUAAGACAAUUUUUCUUGUUUUUAAGAAGAAAUAUUUUUUUUUUUUUUUUUUAAUUUUUUCAAUUUUUUUCUGUAACCUUCUAUAAUCAUUUUAAAUAUUUUCAAGGCAUAAAGACCUUGUAAAGAAAUUGUGUAAUAUUAUUCUGUUAGCAUGUAAUGUGCUUCAUUUCUUUUGUUGUAUUUUUGUUUCAUGGAAACGUGCAGUAGAAUGAAAUGUUUAUUAUGUAAAUACAUUUUUUUUUCAUUUUUUUUUAAAAUAUGCAAGCACACAUGCAGAUGUUUGUAUUCAAAGCAUGUUAGAAUUUUUUUUUUUUAAUAUAUUACUUUUUACGGGUUGUUUUAAAUCAAUUUUUUUCCUGCUAUAAAUCUGCUUUAAACUAACUCAUUUUGAAAAUAGGAAUUUCAUUAAAGAAGAUAAAGUUAAUAUUUUGACACGCAAAAAAAGAUAGAAGCAAAUGGAUUUAUGUGUCAUGCAAAGUAAAGAUAUGUUUACAUAAUGGUAUUUUGGUUUUUAAAUUUUAAUGUUUAAAUAGUGUAUCUUGUAAAUAACAUCUUUAUGCACAUCAGGGUAGCUCUGUAAAAAAUACUUUUGCAGUAAUACUUUGGCGUAGUAGUGUUUUUAAUUGUAUUGAUUUUUUUUUCUUUUUGUGUUUGAAAAAAUGUAAGGUUUUUAGCUGCAUGUAAUGUAAAAUUACGGAUAAAUUUUGUACAUGCAAAAUAAUUUAGUGCUUGCACUGUAGGAAUAAUGUAGUGUAAUUUCACUAGAUUGCAGUAUUAUUUAUAUUUCUUUUUUUUUGGCUUCUGAAACCUUCAUGUUCAUAUUUAUUGAUGAUCUGUGAAAUCUUGUGUAGCUAAUGGUUAAGUGGAACUUGCUAGUCCUUUAGACUGAUUGUUGUCAUCAGUCAUGGUUAAGAGAAACUUGCAGACCUGAUUACUCUGACGAUUUUGGCAUACAAUGUACAAUUUUGUGUUGUCUUUUACGGUUGUACGCCAAGACCUGUUAAGACUACGAUUUUAAGAGACCGCGUUGAAAUUAUAUUUAUUCCAGUAGCUUUUCCAAUUAAAAAAAAAAUUAUUAUUUUUAUUUCUUUCGGUUUUUAGUUUUGGCUUGAGAAAUACGAUUAGCUGGAGACCAUGUAUAAUUAUAUUACGUUUGCCCUUAGAGGAUCAUUGAGUGGUGUUGAUUUAGGAGAUUUUGUGUACAGGUGGGGGGAGGGCAGUCUAAAUAUUUAAGUCUAUAAAAUUAACUGUGCCACAUUUUCGUAAUGAGAGUGACGAUGGUCAUAUUGUUGCCUUGUGUGUUUUUAUAAUGAACUCGAUAGACACGGCUACAGUAAUAUUACCAUAUUGACAACUUUAGUCAAUCCGGGGCCAUUAUGAGAGUUGUCCAUUAUUUUGAUUUUGCCUAUGCGUGCCUGUGGGGAGGGGAGUGCUCGGCAGAAAGUAAUAUGUACGUCAUUUAAAUUUUUUAUAAUAUUCAUCAUGAAACUCUGGAAGUCCAAAAUUAGCAUAUUUAGAUCUUGAAAGCUGUAAAAAUAUCAUGCAAUGUUUCUUAGGAAUUAUCGGCAUAAUGUAAACAUAUAUUUUCACAAAUGAACUUGCUAGAUAUACUCAUUACUAACUAGUAGAGGUAUUACAGUAAUAUUUAGUCCACCAUAUUCUAUGUGAUGUAUAUUUUGUUGGGCUAUCCCAGUGGUUCUAAAAAAUUUUUUCCCGGCACCUUUGCCAAAUUCAGGUUUUCACCAGGUGCCCUGUGUUCAAUUCUAACAAGAGCACUUCAAAAUAGCGAAUGCAUAAACAAAUUAAAAUAAAGGAUUGAGUAAAAAUAAAUGAAACACGUAUGUAGGUCUCUAAGUGCCAUCUAGUAACCAUUAGUUUCUCAAGUGUGUUACCGUUUGCACUACGACGCUAUAUGUCACAUUGGAACAUUGGAUUAAAAGUGGAAAUAAAAUUAAGAAAAAUUUUGUAAUGUUUCCCAACACCCCUGUGACCAAGCCGCAGCAACCCAUAUAGAAAAAGAGUGGGAGUAGGGGGAAAGAGUUCAUAAAAAGUAUGCGUGCAACAAGGGGAGGGGUGUGUCGAAAAUUUGGCUUUUUUUGCCUUCACACAAUAUAGAUCGCCGUCGCAUUUGUUUGUUUCGACUCCUUAUGAGACAUAAUUUUGUGACAAUUAUUCCUUACGAUUGAACCGCGAUGUAUGCAGAAACGGAGAAAACUAGAUAAUGCAGUCUCAACAAGAUUUUUAAUGCCCACUCUUCCUUUCACCCAUUUACAGCUUGUGGUAGUUAUCAGACUGUAAUUUCGUCAAUUUUUAGAAGUUAUCUUUUUUUGACACCUGCUUAACUGGAUUCCACUAGUCACUUAAUGCGAGUAGGUAUUUUAUAAAUUAUAUAUACUGUAUGUUUUUUUAUUUAGUAUUAAGAUACUGUAUCUUAUGAUUUUAAGACGAUGUACGAUUUUAGGUUUGAGGGUAAACAGGUUUUAACUUGCUAGUCCUUUAGACUGAAUACCGUCAUCAAUCAUGGUUAAAAAUCCAAGGAUAAGUAUUUAUCACCUUUGUUUGUGUGGCAAUAUUUUCCUGAAUUAUUAUUUUACUUUCAACAUGUCUAUUUUUCACAGGACAUGUAACUUAAGAUCAUGACAUUCCAAGUUGGUGUUGUAUUAUAAGAAGAUUAUCAUCCCAUCAACUCAUUCCUCACCUACAUGAUUGUGUAAUUUUAUGUAUACUAGCAAGUAGCCUUGCCAUAAAAAGUUUCCACAAUUUUUGUGUCACCUAAGAAAUAGAAUUCUGCAUUGUGUUUUAGCUGUUUGUUGGACAUUAAUUUAUGUAAAUUAGCAUAACGUAAUACAUGCUUUAAAUAUUUGAUUGAUUUGAAGAAGAAUACCGGUAGUGGCAAAACACCAAAGAAAUUAAAAGUCAAAAUCUUCAUGGUGAAAUGAAUGUGUUUGUUUUAGUAGUUAGGAAAUGUGAACGAACUGAAAUUCAUUCUCUUUCAAAUAAUAAAUUUGGCAAAACUUGGGGGGGGGGGGUUAUUCAAGCCACACGAAAAUCAGGAAUCACAUGGUGUAAAUAAACACGGGUUAUUUUUAUGUCUUCAUUAACAUGUUACUUGCACAAUAAAUUAAACUGAAAUUCAUUCUCUUUCAAAUAAAAAAUUUGGCAAAACUUGGGGGGGGGGGGUUAUUCAAGCCACACGAAAAUCAGGAAUCACAUGGUGUAAAUAAACACUGGUUAUUUUUAUGUCUUCAUUAACAUGGUACUUGCACAAUAAAUUUAAUUAAUGCUUGUUAACAACUUUUUUUACUAAUCCACAUUUUACACAAUCCACAUAUUUUUUUUGUGAUCAAAUUUUUGUUAGUGGCCAGAGCAUGACGUGAACAUGUUUUCUCCUCUCAUAUCCACAUCAAGGGACGAAGAAAAAUUAGUUUCACAACAGUUGUUUUGAUGCUGUUUGUGCAACAGUGAGGACCUUCUCUGUACUGUUCUUUUCAAUAAAAUUUGAAUUCUGUUGCUUGAUUUUACAUGUGCUACAUAUUGUAAAAUGAGAACACCAUAUCAAAAGUUUAACUGUUACCACAAAUGAGAGCAUAUCGGUUGAAUUUUUAACAUGUUUUCUUUUUUUUAUAAUUAGUUUUUUUCUGAACAUAUAAUUUGCUAGGCAUUUAGUUGUUAUUGUUAUUCUGCAUAUGAUUUUGUACAAUUUUAACAUAUUUAUUAAAAAAAAAGUAUGAGCCACCUAAUCACUAUUUAUAGGAUCCAAGUCAUGCAUAUUAAAACUUGGAUCCCAAAGGCUGAAGCUGUGGAAAAAUUAUAAAAGUAUGUAUUCCUAAGAGAAAAUUUGAUCAUAAGAUUAAUUUUUUUCUGUCGGUAAUAACUUUGGCCUUUAACAUUCAUACUUAAAAUGUAAAUGUGUACAUCAUGUUUUAACUUCUAUUAAUAUUGCUCAACAUUAGUAAAUCCGAACUGUAAUUUAGAGUUAAUUGUAUAUCUCUACAUUUCAUUUUAUGCUGGCCAUUUUAAAAAAAAAUUAAAAUUUCAUUCAUCUUUAAUUUAAAAUGCUCCAGCUUGCUUUUAAGCCAAGUAUCUCUGAUACAUGUAAAGAAAUUGCUAGCUAGACAUAGUCAUUUUGAAUGCGGAACAGAGAAAUAAUGAAAGAAAAAUCACUCCCAUGAACCUUAUCACUAUAUCGCAAAUACCCAGUGUUUUAUUUAUAAUAAAUGCGGUCAAUAGAUGCUCUGGCUACUUUUCAUGAUUUUUUUUUGUCUCCAAGCUCUUAAAUAUAAAAGGGAUUUUUAAAAAUUAUUUACAUAUACAAAAUGUUUUGAAAUAAUUUUGAUAUUUUUUUUUUAUAUUGUCAUCCUUAGGUAAUAAAAUUGAAUACUUUUCACCCAAUGAAUUGCAAUUUACUAUCAAUAUUUCUAAACCUAAGUACUUUAAAUUUCAUCCAAAUAUAAUUUUUAAAUAACAAGCUUAAUUUUUUUAAUUAGUUUUAAAAUUUAUAUGUACCAGAUAUAUAUAAAAUACUCUCUGGCUAUAUAUGAAUGCCUUCUUAAAAUAGCAGAAUUCAUUCAUGAUACAUAUCAAUGAGUUUUUUUUAAAAAUCAUAAUUCUUUUUAGUAUUUUAUUUUUAAUAGUUUUGAUAGAUUACAUCUUAGCUUCCUUAAGUUUGACUCAAAUUGCCAUUUUCUCUCCUAUUUACUAUAUUGUUUUGCAUUCAAAACUCUUGGGGAUUUUGAUAAUUUAACAAUGUUUUUUGAACAAAUUUUAAAUAUCCAGGAUCUCUAUCAAGCAAAAAUACUUGUAUAAAAAUUUGAUUUGAAAAAGAAAAAGUAAAUAGAAAAUUUCUUUGUUUUUACUCACAUAUUUAAUUAAUGCUUUUUUUUUUCAUCUCAUAUUUAAAAGAUGAUAUUUAACAACAGAAAUAUACUCUUCUCAAAUGUAUCUCUCUUUGUCACUCAAGAAUUCCUGAAAACACUCACACAUUUUUAUCAGGCAUGUAGCUGAAAAGCUUAAAAUCUUCCUCUGAAUGUACAUCUGUAUUUUUACAUCAUUUCUUGGGGGAAAAUUAUUUUUUCUUCAGUUGUCCUAUAAAUGCUCACUAUUAUUAAAUCACUCAUUGAAUAAGUUAUAGAAAAAGUAAUCCUUAAUCUACUCUAUCAAUAGAAGUAAAUAUAUAAUGUGUUUCUGUCUUUAUUCAUUUUAAGCAUUAAGGGAACUGCUUGAAUUUAAAGAAAUUUUCAUUUUAAUCAAUCAUAUUGAUAAAGAAACCAUAAUAAAAGCCAAAAGUUUUUCAACAUUCUGACUGUUUUUGGAGCAUUAUCCAUUUUGGAAUAUUUCUGUUGUAUGUUAGUUACUAGUCCAAAUGAAUCAAGCCAUAUCACACAUAUGUAGAUAGUGUUCCUGUUACUGAAGUUUUAAACUGUAAAAUUAUAUAAUUUAUAUCAUUAAAUUGUUAAAUGUUGCAAUCCCUUUUUAUUAUGAAGUUCAUGGAAAAUUAAUGUUUUAUUAGUUCUCAACUCUAAAUUAAAGAAAUUAAUUAUUUUUAAAGUGUUUUUAGGAUUACUAAUGUUUCAGGUAAAAAUAACCAAAUACUUUACAUAGUAUUAUUCACAUUGUGUUAUAUUUAUAUUGGUUGUUAAUAUAUACUUUGUUAAAUUUAAGGAGUUUUUUUUUUUUUUUUUUUAAAAUUGAAAUCCUUUUGAAGUUAUUAAUAUCUAUUCCAUCCAAUUUCUUGUGAAUGUUUAGAUCCCCCCCAAAAAUUUAAACUUUUUCAUGACAUACUUAUAUUCUUGCCACCUUACCCUUAUGAAUUUUAACAUUCCAUUCCAUUACAUAUACCAUGGUACUGACUGGUACUAGAUAUUAAAUCCUUCUAAAAGUUGUGAAAUCUUUUGUACAAACAGUUUUUGGUCUUUAAAAAAAAAAUACAAUAUAUCCAAAAAUUUACAUUAUGUUCAUUUUGGUACAUGGAAUAACUUUUAGUGGCCAUGCUAUCAAAUAUGUUUGGCACAGAAGUGUAAUUAUGAAGUAAGGCAAAUAUUAUCAUGUAAAAUAUGUUUUUUUUUUCCUUCUAAGUGGAUGGCCUUGAUAAAUUAAAUGAAAACAACUAAAAACACAAACAUUGGUGUGUUAAAAACUUGACUGAGUUCAAUCUAGGUCAAGCCCCCAAAGCAGGUGCAUACAAAUGAACAAGAAUAAAAUUAAUGCCCAGAGCCAUCAACCCAAUAAAAAAAAUCCAUCCAAAGUGAAACGUAAUGAAAAGUUUGUAUUUUGGGGGAAUGAGAGCUAUGCCAGCUGCUGUAUUACUCAGUGUGUUAAGAUCAGCCAAAUGGUUUUUCUGUUACAGCAUAUAUAGUUCUUGCGAUUUUGAGGGAGGAUACUGGUACUUGAAAUUCAGAUAUUUGAAUAAUGACCUAAUACACCGUAUUAAAUGGAUUAUUCAUAUUUAAUUAAACUUGGCCAAGUAAAACAAUUCACAAAAUUAUUUCAGAUGGCUCACUUUAAGUUUCAAUUGUUGAUUAUGUAAAGUUGCUGCGCUGACAUUAAGAAUUGAAUUGUAAAUAGUAAAUAUAUAUUUCUUGUCAUAAUUUUUUUUUUUCUUUCUCCCACUAAACCAUUUUUUUGUUUGGCCCUCUACCCACUGGGUACAAUAUGUACUGAGAACAAUGUACAGUAGUCAUUCAAUGCAAUAAACAUCUUGAUUUUGCACUCACACAAGUUCUGUGUUUAUGUUUUGUCAUUAAAAGCCAUCAGAGCUUUCAUCCUUGGAGCUGCAAUGCUUUCUUCAUUUUUCUGUUCAAUGUUCACUCAAUGCUAUGGAGGUUUAUGUACUCACUUACACUUGCGUGCUACUUGGAAGUUUCACAGUAGGUUUCCCUGAAGAUUAAUGCGACUUAUUUAUAGUAAGGCCAUGCUAAAAAUGGCUCCUGGAUUCUUUAUUGGACUUGUCUUUGCUUGUCUUCUUCUCUUUGCUUUAUCAGUACAGAUGUCAUUGUUCUAUUGAUGAGAAUGUACAGCCAAACUUACACAAAAUGUACCAUAAUCAAUUUGCCAUCAUAAUACCAUAAAUAUACUAAUAAAGUAAUUUCAAUCACUUAAAAAAAUUCAUUUUUAAAAAUGAUGCUCUUUAGUUAAUUUCAUAGUUAUUUCCCCUUUAUCAUAAGCCCGGUUAUCACUCAAAAUAAAGCAAAAAUGUUACUUUUCACCCCAAUUAUUUCUUCUUUUUUUUUUUAAUUUAUGUUAUAAUAUCUGUAACAUUAUACAUUAGAGUUAUUAAAUACUAAAUCUAUAUUAUAUGAUGGAGUGUAAGCCACUCAAUCUGAGUUAAAGUGACAUUUUAACAAUUAUAGCUUUUUAAAAAUUUCCCACAGAUAAAUCAAGGGAGCAGAGCUCCAGUGACAGCAGCUCCGAUGGAGAGAGCAGAACAUCCAAACCCGGUGACAAAGUCAGACUCCAACAAGCUACCUAUUCUGAUCUCGCGGUGCCUACACCUGAACAGGGUCUUGCAGAAACAAAAUCAAGGGAUUUCCUGGGUGCCGGUCAGCUGCGCGCAGCCCUGGCCCGCGCUAAAUAUUCCCAGCUAAUAGACUCUGAUGAACAAGAUGAUGUCAAGAGAGGUGGACAACACAACAGCCACACUGAUGUCAGAUCUCACAUUUAUGAUGAUGGCCAACAGUUAAAUCCAGUCAGUGCAGCCAAAAGCCAACUUGAGCCUCGUGGACGGAAGGAAUCCAGCUCGUCUUAUGCCGAGGAAGAUCAUCCUUCGGGGAAGAGAACUCAAGCCAACGAUUUUGGUUACCAGGAGUUGGAUGAUGAGUUUGGAUCCAGACCUGUUGAUUCAGCCAUCUCGGCAACAGCCAUUAAGCUGAACACCUCAGACAGCUCUAGUGUGCAGUAUGUCUCCAAUGCUGACCGAAUCGUUGGUCACGAAUACGGUGUGCGGCCUUUGCUGGAUGAUGAUGAGCUCCAGGAUGCUUACGGCUGUCAGGCCCAGAGCUGGUCUCGCUCGACGACCGGCAGCAACCUGGGGGGCGGCUUCUACACAGACCAGCAUGGUAGGACGAACCAGGGUCUGGUGGGGCUGUCAGAGCAAGGAGUGUUUGUAAGUGGAAAGUCCUUUGGGCACGUGAAAGAUCACACAUCUUUAGCCUCUGAGCCCGCAGAAGCAGAUGUCAAUCACGUAGCAAUGACCACCUCCUCGUCCUGGGUUGUCUCUCCAGAACUAGACAACGGGUUUGAUGUUUUCUCGGCUGCGCCCUUCAAACCUAAAACCUCCAAACGAUCCACCCCCGCAUCAGUCCAGGCCUCCGGCACAUCCUCUACCAACGCAAUGCCUUCAGAUGUAUUUGACGGGGCCCCCUUCAAGUAUAAAAAUGUCAGAAGUAACAAUUCAUCGACAGUAACGAGUCCUGGGAGUUCUCACUCUGUCAGCGCCAGUUGUGGAGAUGGUCAGCCUAAGAAAAGUGAACUGCUUCAGUCUGAUGUGUUUGGCAGUGCUCCUUUCAGCACCCCUCUCUCACCCAACUCGACGGGCCCUUCUUCCAGCACAGUGUCCCCUUCUAUGGAAGACAUCAUGUACAUAAAGACCCCAGAUGAGGCUCAACCAGGAUGUCUGCCCGCGAUGAGCCAGAUAUCCUCAUCCCUCUACAGUGUCCAGCAAGGUGCCGCCGCACCCAUCAGAGCGUCCGGUAACGUGCAACAGGGUGGUACCAGCUCCGAUUACAGUAUAAAUAUGAAAACUGCUUAUAGCAAUGAUUCCGAAAGCACCAACAACAUGCCUGUCCCCGGACCCCCUAAAGGACCUUUUGAUUUAGCCAUUAGCAAUAUCCCAGAGGACCCAUUUGGAGCUGUUCCUCUUAAUAAAGCCAUGAAACGUUCCAUGAAAAAAUCCACCGUCAAUAAUCACCAAACCAUUUUGUCCAUUCCAACAUCUGCUGUCACAACUGCAGCAUCUAAUGUUGCCGGCCAGCUGGAGGCUAAUGCCAGUGUUAGGAGACUAAGAACUAAUGAGCAGCAGCCGACAACCAACAUUCAGUUUUACCCAAGAAUUUCGCCCCAAGAUAGCCAGCCCCCUGUAGAGUACAGCCAGCCCCCUGUAGAGUACAGUCAGUUUUCUGUCCCUUCUGUCACACCCAAAUACAAUCCUUCCUGUCCGAUAUCUGGCCACCCGGCCGGGUGGCAGACCCAGCUACAACCUUCCGCACCACCAAUGCCGCUUUCAUUUUCCCAGUACCAGAACAGCCAGCAGCAGCAGGCAAGCUUCCAGCCUGUUUUAUCUGAAGGCCGUUCACAAAACCAACACUACUUUCCCCCUCUUCUUCCUCAGCAGCCAACAGCUAAGCCCCAGUCAUUUAUUAAUCAGCAUAGUAAUCCUAACCAAAGUUUACUAGAAAACCAAAAUUACGCCUUAUACCAUCCAGGCUAUCAACAUCCAACUACACACACACAAGCUGCGGCUAGAGAAAAUGUCCAACUUCCCGUCAGGCCCAUCGUCCAGCGCCCCGGUGAUCUCCCGGUGACAACUGCGGCGGCCCCUCUCACGACAUGGGACAUCAGGGGUCAAGACGAAGUGGCCUGGGAUGCCCCGGCAGAGUAUGAUGAUGAGAGCAAAUACCAGAGGUUGAAGGUCAAAGCCGCCAACAAAAGAUCUAGCCGAGAUGUCAGCACGUCAGCUUUUGCAAACAUGAGUUUCAAUGAUGAGGAUGAAUUUUCUCACGAGUCACCAUCACGGGAUUCCCCCGCUGGCUCUAUUGGCACGGCGUUAUCCACACAAAAUAUCUACUCCCCCGGCCUGCAUGGGGGCGAGCCAUCACCGACCGGGGGAGAGCUGAUUGGUCGGCCUGUCAUAGUUGUACCGGCCGCAGGUUAUGACACCGGCACAUGGCCAAGGAAACACAGGCGGCACCCGGCCAAGGCCGAACCAUUCUCGGUUAGUAAGAAGUGAAAUUGUUCCGGCUUGUACAUAUAGAAUAAUGAAUACAAUAGAUUUCAGUAGCAUUCUGCUUGUUUGAUAUCAGUUCUGACUAGAGGGCGGUACUGUUGCAAUACAAGAUUGUUAUAAUAGUCACACACAGCAUUUUGCUUCCUUACUUAGACCUUGUUUUGUUUUCAAGUUCACAGUAUAAUUAUGAUCUCUUAAUAAGAAAAAUCUGCUAUUUAAAUUAAGUUAUAGGGGGAUUUCUUAACCCUUACAGUACCCUGCACGUCUUUUUGCAGUAACCUAAUUUUUCCCUGUGACCCAAGCGCGUCUUUUUUCACCAGCCGAUCGUUUUCCCUGUGGCCCAAGCGCUUCUAUUUGCCACAUAGAGGGGUAUCAAAUAAAAACCCAGAAACGAGGAUAUAACCUUUCACCCCAAUCUCGGGCAGAAUGUUUAUUCGUUAGGGGAAUAGUCAAAUUUUAAUUUGCCUUUUAAAUUAUGAAAAUCGACCAAUUACUGAGUUUUUAUAAACGGAUCUGUAUUUGUUGUUUCCAAGGCGCUACUUAAUCGCUAUUGUAUUGUUGAUGGCGACUUACGCCCACUUGAUGAAACCUUUUGUUCUGGAAAUAUUGUUGAGCUUUAAUUGGGAUUUAGAAGUGUUUUUUUUUAACACCCUUAUUCAUUUCUGAACAGAUAAUUCUC